UAUUGAUAUUGUAUUACCGUAUGUAUAUUAAACUGAAAUAUUACUUGUUUGUGAUGGCGUGUGAUGAUAUUGAAUUUUUGUUACUUAUUCGUCAGUAACGAUAUGAUAAUGCCAGUUUUCUAAUCUAUUGAACGAUUUUUGAAAGAUAUUCGCCUCAAUUAAAGAAAAAAAAUAAAUAGAAGUUACAACGUGACACGUGAAAGUAUACUUUUUUAAUAAAUACGUUCUGUCAUAUAUUUAUUGUGUAAACGAACCACUUACAACGAAUAUGAUCCAUUUAUAAUUUUAAUGUUUAUUUAUGUAAUUCUAAUAUAUUUUAUUAAGGAUAAUAAUUCCAUCAUGAGGGAAGAAAUCGAAAAUUCUUGUAAUUCAGAGCUACCAGCGGUAAUUGGAGCAUUAUUAGACACAUUAGAUGAUAAAUCAGUAGAUGUCAGGCAAUCAGUAAAUGGAGCAAUUAAAACAAUAUCCGAACAAAAAUCCUGAAGUUGUAAUUCAUGCAGCUGUAUAUUUUGGGAACUCCAUAGAAAGAAACAUAUGGCUUCUUUACUAACAGUGAUGUCUGAAACAUGUCAAUGUCAUGGCGCAAACUUGAAUACAGAUUUAGCAUCGUCAGUUGCAGAACUAGCUGUAAAUGAACUCUUUGGCAAUGCUGAAAAGGAAGCAGUAGAAUUAUUAAUUUCAUUGAGUCAAGUACAUUGCACACAGGCAAUAGGUGGCCUGUUGACUAAAUUGGAACCUGGAAUACUACCAUACCAUACAGUAGUUCGUACGAUAGGAAUGAUUGCAGAACGUAAUCCAUGUGCAAUGAUAUCUUUCUUCAAAAUCACAUUACUAUUAUGAAUCCCAAUGUUAAAUCAAACACGUGAUGAGAUGAUUAAACAAGCAUUCUGCCUUACAUUUGGAAAGAUUGCCGAAGCUAUAAAUGAUCAUAUAUUAUUAGACAAAGAUUCAAGCCCAGAAAUUAGUAAAGAAACAUUUAAAGAGGAAAUAUGUUCUGCAUUUGAUAUAUUAACAUAAUGGGAUAAAACAUCUAAAGAUAGUAAAAGUGUAGAAGCAGUGUUGUCAGCAAUUGUAUAUAUGAUACCAUUACUACCACAGGAAGUAGAUUGUGAAAGAUCAUAAGUUAACACCCAUUUGUUGAAUUUUUGUAAAAAGUUAAUACACGUUUAGCAGGCAGUUAGGUAUGCAAUCAUUUUCAACUCUCUUUUAUUUACCAUGAUUUUUAGCAGUGGUCUUAAGUGUGCCACAGAAAACGAGAAGGAAGCUCUUCGCUCACUUUUAGAACAUAUACAUCAAGUAUUAUCUGCAUUAGUUUGUAUAAUUCCAUUUGAAGCAUCUCGAGAUGUACUUCUAACACAUUACCAAGUGUUACAAUGUUAUAGAUCAUUGAUUAUAUUAUAUCCAGAAGAAGGUUUAGAGAGAAUCUUACAACAAUUGAAGUCCACAUCAGUAUCACAAAAGGCACGGGCGUUGGUAGUUCUUAAACAUCUCAUUAAUAAACUUCCAUCUGAGGAUGAUACAACUUUACAAACGAAUUGCACUUAGUUUACAGACUCAUUGGGAGAUAGUAGUGCAUUGCAAAUGGUUGGAGCUAUUGUGACACUUGCAGCACGUCCCUACAGUCCCACUUUUACCACACAAAGAGCAAUCUUUGUUCGUUACAUGAUAACUCAUUGUGGUGUAAAAAAUGAUGAAUCAGAGGCAUAUGCAGAAGCAUUACUACUUGCAACCACUGUAGAGGGUGCAGAAUCUUGGUUAUGGCCUUGUCUAAUACGUGCUUUACUGGAUCCAGCUUGUGUGUCAUCGGUAGCAUCUAUAUUGCGUGCUUUAGCACCUCUAGCAGUAAAAAUAAAUAAUGGUAAUUCUUCCAUUAAUCAACGAGAUUUUCCUGGUACAAAAAUUCUAGGCAGAUGUUUGGAAUUGCUGGAGAUGUACAGAAUCGCCUACCCAUUGUAACACUUCCUAAAAUGUGCAGCACCUUUACUAGGACACCAACUUAUGCCAUAUUGGGAAGAAAAGUUAAAGGAAAUUACACAAUUUUUAAGAGAUGAUUUUUCUGUUAAUAUCAAAUUUAUUGAACAGCGGUACAAUCUCAACUGGGAAGAGAAAAUGGUAGAAUUUUUAGAAGAGAGCGUAAAGUUGGAAGGAGAAGCAUGGAGCUUAAAACUCGCAGAUGAAUUAGCAUUAAAAGCUAGUACACCACAUGUAGCACCUUUGUUAGCAUCACUGUGUAGUAGUAAUGCUCAGAUAACACUUCUCAUUGAACUCGCACGUUCUGAUGUAUCCAAUGAAGUUGCAAGAGCAGUUGGAAUUUGUUCUAAACGACAUUUGGAUGUUGUAAUAAAAUUAAUGGAAGAAGCUUGUAUGGCAGAAAUAACUAGAAAAAUUCCUGUAAGAUUAUUAGGUUUGGUUAAAGAUUUAAAAGCUAUAGCCACAGCAGAAGCAGCGAAAGCUGGCUUGUUAAUGUAUGCUGAGAUUGCACAAAGGGGAGAUGUACAAAAAUUGUAUCCAUCAUUGGAAAAAAAUAUAUUACCAUGGAUUAUACGACAGAUAAAUUGCAAAGAGUUAACUACUAAAGGUGGAUUAUUAGCAUUAGAACAGGUUGCCAAUGCUGUUCAUCCUAAUAGAUUUGAAAAAUCAACUGGAUUGCAUGGAAAAAGUAAUGGACUUGCAACUUUUAUUAGGAAUUUUGCAAACAUCUCAGGAUAUAGACACACUACAACUUACCAAAAUUAUAGACGUAUACCACCCACAAUUGAAUUCAGAAGAAAGAGGAAUUGUACUGAGCACAAUUUGGACAAAGUUAUAGGUGCCAGUACAGAGGUAAUUCUAUUGUUACAGUCAGAAUUGCAACCGGUAAUAGAUGAAUUAGGAAUUGUAUGUAGUGCAAUUGUAUCCGAUUCUGCUCAUGCAUUAGCUGAUCUUAUUGACAGAAUGUUACCGGGAUUGCAAUCAAACUCAACCACUGAAAGAAAAACUACCUUAUUAGUAUUAAGGACAACUCUUAGAUCAUACUAUAAUUCUUUAAAAUAUACUUAUCCUGGUGGUAAAUUAGAACCAGGAGGCUUAUGGGAAGAGUUUUAUCAUGGUGGUGCAGAUUCAGAACAUUCGCUUAGACCAAUAGCAAUAGAUUGUGUAGCAUUAUCAUUAAAUAUUGGAGCUCGACAUCGCGCUUUAUCCCUGAUAAUAAUUUAGACAAGACUUACAUAAUUCCAGAAAUUAUUGUUGGUGAAGAUCCAAACGCUUGUUAUGAUGGCAUUAAAGUACUGUAUCUGAAAAGAAUUAAUAGGGGGUGACAUGAUCAGCCUAGCAGAAGGUUUAAUAGAAGGUCUGUUAUUUCGUGGAGAAGCGAGUUUUGCUGCAGUAUAGCUCUGCUCCCAACAUUUUAAAAUUAAGGGAUCAGAAAUAUCUAUAAGUGAUAUUACCUUAGUUGAUAGUAUUAUUGCACAAAUGAGACAGAUGGAAGAUAAUAGUUAUAGAAGAAAUACUGCAAUUGCUAUUAAAUUCCUAAUGGAACAUCAUCCUGAAGAAGUAAUCGAACGACUGUUAGGUCAAACCCUGCCAUUAGAUAGAGGCAGUGAAGAAUGUUGGAAGGCACUUGGUGGUAGUUUUAGAUUAGGUUCUCGUGCUUUGGAAUUCCUUCUGACAAAAUUAGAAAACAAUAAUUUAUUUGGCGGAAAUGCUACUGUACCGACUGCUAAAAAUGCUAUAGCAUCUUUUCCAUCAUUGGCAGCUAUUGUAGCUCUACUAUUACUACAAUCUCCAAAUUCAAAAGAACUGGUUGAUAAACAAUAUCAAAUCUAUUAUCAGUAUUUGAAAUAUCUUGCAGGAUGGUUACAUGUUGAUGCUCCUGUAUGUGUUAUUAGUACCAAAUUCGGUUAUGUGCCAAAUAGAGAAGGAUGUAGGAUAAAUCCACAUACAGAAGCUUAUUCUGUAUUAGUCAAUGUAUUAACUGUAGUAGAUUCAAAUAUAGCAUCAAGUUACUUAAUGAAAUGGAGUACAAUAAAGCUGAGGAAAGGUGUAGUGGCAACAGUACGUACAAUGAUGAGAUGUAUAUAUACGAAGAAUAAUGUAUUAUCAACUUUGACUCAAUCUUUGGGAAAAAUGAUGACAAGUACGAUUUCUGCCCAAAGAGCAGUAGCUGCAACUUUUUAUUCUGAAUUAAUAGGGAAAGUUAAUUAUGAUGUUAUAUGGCUAGAUGCAAUUAUAAAUACAUUAUAUGAAGCAAAAGCUGAUUCAUUCUCCUUUUUUCGAAAAUUAGCUACUAUUGGACUUGCAAGAAUUGCCUAUUUAGAGCCUAAACAGGUUGAUGAAUAUUUUGAAUGUAUGGAUGCAUUACUUGAUGGUUUGGAAGAAUCUGCCACUGGAGAUGGAGGUAAUGAUGUGAUUUUAGAAUCACUACGUGGUCUUUCUGUACUAUUAUCAGUUCAGUUUGGGCGUUCAGUAAGUCCUCGAGUUGUACUUGCUUUAAAACCAUUUAUUGAAAAAGAAAAUUGGGAAAUGAGAUUAGCAGCUAUAAGUGCCUUAAGUGCUGUAGCUUGUAGUUGGCAGAAAAUGGUUACUUCACCAGAUGAUGAUAUAAAAAAUCACCUUUUGGGUUGCUUACCCUGUCUUACUAUGAGACUAGAGGACGAAAAUGUUACAGUAGCUAAGAUAGCACAAGAAGCUUUACAUAAUACAGCAAGAUUAUUACAGUGUCAACCAUUAUUUGAUUUAAUACAUGCUUCCUUAGGCCUAAAUAUCGAAUUUAAUUUUGAAAAAUUUAUAUCGAAUUUGAUACAUUGUCUACAAAAAGAGCUUCCACAAAGAGCAGAAGAACUCAGAAAUGCUGUAGUUCGAGGAUAUUCAAGAUCUGAAAAUUCAAAUACUAGGGCCACAUCUGCAUUACUUUUAGGAUAUUUUGGUUCACCAACCAGAGAUAUUCAAAGGUUGCUGCAACUCCUACGGGAUACAGAAAGUAUUGUUAGAAAGCGGGCUGCAUAUGCACUAUCUUUAUGUUUUGUUUUAUGAUGUAAUGAAUAGCUUUUAGUAUCUUAUUCUCGCAAUGUUUAAAUAUUUUAAUGUAAGAUUAAAUGAUUCUACAUCAUGGUUGUUAUAUAGUAUCCUUUGUCAUUUUAUCUAUAUAAAGCUUAAUAUAUAUAUAUUUAUAUGAAAUUAAUAAUUAUAAAAAGUUUAUAUAUUUAUUUAAAUAAUCUAUAUAAAGCUAUAAUAUAAUUAUAAUGUAAACACUGUGAAUAAUCUAAUGCUACUAUUAUAAAAACAAAAAAAGCAAUUACAUUUUAUAUAUACAUUUAAAUAAUAUUAUUACAGAUAUAUUAAUAAAACAAAACUCCCUUAUUAGAAAUAUUUUAUCUAUUAAAUAAUUAAACAUGUAUUGUUUCAUAUAUAUAACAUUACCAACGGAGUAUGGAGUGUUGCUUGCUUAAGCGUUCAAAUAAUUACAGCAAAUUUAUAAAUAAAUAUAAUUGAUUAAUAAUAAUCUUAAUUUUCAACAAAAAGUAAAUUUACCAUAUAAUAUUAAGUGUUUAUAUAUUUUUUCAAAAAUGAUAAAUAAUAAAGA